AUGUCUGACGCCAAGAAGAUCAUAUUCAUCGUGGGAGGCACUGGCGCACAAGGUCUCGCCGUCAUCGACGCGCUUCUCGCUCCUGACGCGGAAGGCAAUGCUUCGCCUUACACCGUCCGCGUGCUGACUCGGAGCACGACCGGCGACCGGGCGAAGCAACUGGCUGCCAAAGGCGUCGAAUUUGACCAAGCCGCGAUAGUCAAGGGUCUCGACGGUGCCUACGGCGCAUACAUCAACACCGAUGGCUUCACAGUCGGCGAAGUCAGAGAGGUCCACGCGGGAAUGUCCAUCUUUGAAGCCGCCAAAGCGACACCAGGGCUCAAACACUACGUCUGGAGCAGCGUCAUGUACGGAUCGAAAGCCGGGGGGUUCAAGCCCGAGUACCGCUCUGGGCACCUGAACGGGAAAGGACUCGUGGCGGAGUGGGUGAGCACCCACGCGUCCGACGCCUCGCCCCAGGGACUGGCCUGGAGCAUCGUCACCGCCGGGCCUUACACCGAUAUGCUCCCGUCCGGUCUGCUGGAGCCACUCAAUGUGCGCAAGGACGGGACCGUGGUUUUCGCUGCCCCUCUGGGGGAUGGGAUCAUGCCCCUGGUCAGCCUCAAGGACAUCGGCUGGUGGGCCCGCUACACGUUCGACCAUCGUACCGAGACAUCUGGUCGUGACCUCGACAUCGUUUCGGAGAAUAUCACCUGGGAUGAUCUCGUCAAGACUUUCACCAAAGUGACCGGCAAACCCGCUGUCUACGUUCCGCAAACGAUCGAUGAGUGGUUUGGCAACUUCCACAUCGGUCUGAGCGAUGCCAAGAUCGGGACGGGUUCGCUGACCGUCAAGGAGAACUUUGCCGGGUUCUGGGCUGUUUUCCGAGACAGAAAGGUCGUGAAGGACGUCCAGUGGUGCAAGAGCGUGCACCCUGGCACCCAGUCUGUCGAGCAAUGGAUGCGGGAGAACAACUACCAGGGCAAGGGCCCUACGUCGUUGAAGGGAGUGGAGGAUACCGGCAGAUGGCCGGUCAACGAGGACGUCACGAGCAGACUCUGAGGCCAGUGCAGAGACCGAUAGGCUUUCACGUUCCAUCAUGCUAUCCACAUGCAUGUAAAGGAUAACCAUGAAUUCUCAGCCACCGUUUCUUGUCUUCGCCCGCUAGACAAUGUGUCACUUCUUGACAGUGUCUUCCUCC